UUAAAUAUAAUUUGUAUAUUUAUAGAUGGAUGGAAAUAAUUCCGAUGACAAUGAGAACACCAAAAUGUGGACGCCCAGAAUUGAAACGAAAUUAAUAAAUAUGUUGAGAGAUGAGGUUAGAAACAAUCAAACAACGGGCCGUACUACUUCGUGGACAAUUAGGCAUUGGAAUCAUUAUGCAAAUCAGUUGCACAACAUAUAUGGAUUUCGGUAUACAGGUGUUAAGGUGCGCCAAAAAUAUCAGCGCUUGAAAGCUGAUUACCAGACAUUCAAGCGACUCCAGGCACAGACUGGUCUGGGAUGGGAUCCUAUUAUAGGCACUGUUGUUGCACCCGAUGAAUUUUGGGAUAAGGCUAGCAGAAAUGUGAAGAAGUUUAGGACAAAAGGGUUUGAAUAUUUUUAGGAAAUGGCAGAAAUUGUUGAAAAUUGUUGUGCUACAGGGGCCCUGUCUCGUGCAUCCACACAAGGACCCCUUGACUCAGAAGAAGAAGACGACAUGUUAAAUAAAUAUU